GUGGAACGCCGCUGAGGGAGGGGCGCGCUGACGCCUGGCUGCCAGCCAGGCCCCAGGCUCGCCUGGAGGAGGCGGGAGGCGGAGGACUGGGGGUGGGGAGCGGAGGCUGGCUGCGCUCGGCUCUCGGCGGUGCUUGCUCGGGCCACUCGCGCUCCCGCGCCGCGCCCGGCCGGCUUCAUGUGAAGCGCUGGCCCUCCGCCCCCCCUCCCUCCCCUUCCUUCCCUCCCUCCCUCCCGUCCCCUCCUCCUUCUCCUCCUCCUUCUCCUCCUCCUCCCGCGCCCGCUCCCGCUCCCCGGGGCCCCCAGCCCGGCCGGGCGCUGACAGGGGCGGGGGUCCCCGCCGUCGCCGUGUCUCUCACAGGGUCCGGCUAGGUCUGCGGAGCCCCCGGUGUAGCCAUGGACCGGUCCCUGGUGGCGGAGGCGGAGGAGGAACUGGAGUGGCAAGUGGCGAGUCGCAGGAGGAAGGCCUGGGCCAAGUGCCGCGGCUCCUGGCAGGCGUCGGAGACAGAGGACCUGUCCACAGAAGCGACGACGCAGGACGAGGACGAGGACGACGAGGAGGACCUCCCCGGAGCGAAGCUGCCGGCGGCCGCGGGGAGAGGAAACGUGCCCAACGAGAAGAUCGCGAUAUGGCUCAAGGACUGCCGUACCCCUUUGGGAGCCUCGCUGGAUGAGCAGAACAGUAGUACACUCAAGGGUGUGCUUGUGAGAAAUGGAGGAAGUUUUGAAGAUGAUUUGUCAUUGGGAGCUGAAGCCAACCACCUCCAUGAAACCGAUGCUCCAAUUGAAAACUGCAAUAAUAUCUUGGCCAAAGAGAGAAGACUACAGUUUCAUCAGAAGGGGAGAAGUAUGAAUUCCACUGGAUCCGGGAAAAGUAGUGGGACAGUCUCAAGUGUUUCAGAAUUGCUGGAACUUUAUGAGGAAGAUCCUGAAGAAAUUCUGUAUAAUCUUGGAUUUGGACGAGAUGAACCAGAUAUUGCUUCUAAAAUUCCUUCCAGAUUUUUUAAUUCAUCAUCAUUUGCCAGAGGAAUAGAUAUUAAAGUAUUUUUAAGUGCUCAAAUGCAACGAAUGGAAGUAGAAAAUCCAAAUUAUGCUUUAACAAGCCGUUUUCGUCAAAUUGAAGUGCUUACUACUGUGGCCAAUGCAUUUUCUUCUUUGUAUUCCCAAGUCUCUGGGACUCCCCUGCAGAGAAUUGGAAGUAUGUCCUCAGUGGCCUCCAACAAGGAGGCAGACUCACCUCCACCUUUAACUCGAAGUAACACUGCAAAUCGCUUAAUGAAAACACUAUCAAAACUAAACUUAUGUGUUGAUAAAACAGAGAAAGGAGAAGGUAGUACUCCUUCCCCAGCAACUGAAAAAGGAAAGAAUCUAAAUGUUUCAGUGGUGGAAGAAAGUGGCAUUAAAAAUGAUCAAAAGUCUCAAAAAAUUGUGAAGAAGAAAGACUCUUCUUAUAUGUUGGCUACAGUUAAAGAAGAAGUAUCAGGGAGUCCAGCAGCUAUUAUGGAAAAUGCUGACAUUGAUAGACCCUCUGAAGAAGCAGACAGUAAUUUUAACCAAGAAACUGAAAGCGGGCAUACUCAGAGCCAUGAAAAUAAACUGGGUGAGGAAUCUGGUAUUAUAGAAACUGAUUUAGGUAGCGAUUCCAACUUGUCUAGCCACAGUGACCUGGAAAAUAGCGGGGAGCCAAAAAGUGUCGCUAUGUCCACAACUGAAAAAGAGCCAUGUGCGCCGUUGACGAUCCCGUCCAUAAGAAAUAUAAUGGCACAGCAGAAGGACUCCUUUGAAAUGGAAGAGGUUCAAAGUACAGAGGGAGAAGUUCCUCAUGUUCCAGCCACUUACCAGCUAGGCCUUAACAAGUCAAAAAGAGAUCAACUAUUACGUACUGCAAGUCAACACUCUGAUAGCAGUGGUUUUGCUGAAGAUUCAACAGACUGCCCCUCCCUUAAUCAUCUUCAGGUUCACGAGUCCUUGCAAGCCAUGGGGAGUAGUGCCGAUAGUUGUGACAGUGAGACAACAGUCACAUCAUUUGGUGAAGACCUUGUCACACCAACAGCACAAGAUCAGCCUUAUUUUAAUGAAUCAGAGGAGGAGUCUCUUACCUCUCUUCAUAUGGGAAGGGAGAAAGCAGUGACGAUUGCUGACAAAAAGUCAGAUGGCCAGGAUUUCCCCCAGUGCGAGACUGUUGAGAGUACAGGAAGUCAACCACCCACCUGUAGUGCAGGGGCUCACAUUACUGAAAUUACUGAAAUGAAAGGAGAUUUGUCUCCCGCACAGCCAGUGGACCUACUGAGGGAAGCAAGUGCUGAAAGUGAUGUGGACAAAAGCAGUGAAUAUGAAUUUGCCCAGUAUACCACCCACCAUAUUCUUAAAUCAUUGGCUUCUAUUGAAGCUAAAUGCAGUGAGGAGGGCACUGAAAAUACAACUGGGCCUCCCUCUUCUGUGGACAGAGUAAAUACAGCUUUGCAAAGAGCACAGAUGAAGGUUUGCAGUCUGUCUAGUCAAAGAGUGGGGCGUAGCUUGUUAAAAUCAAAAGAUCUGUUAAAGCAGAGGUACUUGUUUGCAAAAGCUGGCUAUCCUCUAAGAAGGUCUCAGUCUUUACCAACCACCUUGCUGAGCCCAGUCAGGGUCGUGUCCUCUGUCAAUGUUCGUUUGUCCCCUGGAAAAGAGACCAGGUGCAGCCCACCUUCCUUCACUUACAAGUACACACCGGAAGAGGAACAAAAAUUAGAAAAAGAGGCAAUUGAGCACGAUGGUCAGUCUUUAGUUAAAUCCACUAUUUUCAUCUCUCCGUCAUCUCUGAAGAAGGAAACAGCUGCCCAGAGUGAGGCGAACCAGUUGGAGGCGUGCCAGCAGCGAAGGACUCCCACCUGCUCACUGUAUGCCCCUGCCCCUGUGUCUCAGUCCACCUGCUCCCUUCACUCUGCCCACUCCGAGUGGCAGGAAAGGCCCCUGUGUGAGCACAUGAGAACUCUGAGCACUCACAGUGUUCCCAACAUAUCAGGCGCCACCUGUAGUGCCUUCACGUCCCCUUUCGGGUGUCCUUACUCACAUAGACAUGCUGCCUACCCUUACCGGCCGUGCUCCGUGAACCCUCCCUCUGCCAUCGAGAUGCAGUUGCGAAGAGUGUUACAUGAUAUUAGAAACUCACUGCAGAAUCUCUCACAGUACCCUGUGAUGAGAGGACCUGACCUUGCUGCUGCUCCAUAUAGUCCUCAGAAAUCAUCUCUUCUACCUCUUUAUGAAAACACUUUUCAGGAGCUCCAAGUAAUGAGGCGGAACCUGAACUUGUUUAGAUCACAAAUGAUGGAUUUAGAAUUGGCAAUGCUUCGUCAGCAAACCAUGGUUUAUCAUCAUAUGACUGAGGAGGAAAGGUAUGAAGUUGAUCAGCUGCAGAGCUUGAGAAAUUCAGUGCGAAUGGAACUUCAGGACCUAGAACUGCAGCUGGAUGAGCGCCUGCUGGGGCUGGAGGAACAGCUUCGCUCUGUGCGCAUGCCUUCACCUUUCCGCUCCUCGGCACUCAUGGGGAUGUGUGGCAGUAGAAGUGCUGAUAACCUGUCAUGCCCGUCUCCGCUGAAUGUAAUGGAACCAGUCACUGAACUGAUGCGAGAACAGUCAUAUCUGAAGUCUGAAUUAGGCCUGGGCCUUGGAGAAAUGGGAUUUGAAAUUCCUCCUGGAGAAAGCUCAGAAUCUGUUUUCUCCCAGGCAACUUCGGAGUCAUCUUCUGUAUGUUCUGGUCCCUCCCAUGCAAACAGGAGAACUGCAGUACCCUUUAGUGACUCAGUGGGCAAACCCAAGGCCCAUCUGAUACCAAGCAAGAAAGUAUUCCGAGCAUCGGUGGCCCUAACACCAACUGCUCCAUCUAGAACAGGCUCUGUGCAGACACCUCCAGAAGUAGAAAGUUCUGAGGAAGUUGGAGCAGUUGAGGAGGCCUUAGAGGCUGUAGGACCUAAAUCUGAAGUGGAGAAAGAGCAUGGAAAAAUCUCAUUAUUGCCAGCUGCUGAGGAAAUACAUAAAAAUGUGGAGCAGGAUGAGUUCCAGCAAGUCAUAAGGGAGAUUAAAGAGUCUAUUGUUGGGGAGAUCAGACGGGAAAUUGUAAGUGGACUCUUGGCAGCAGUAUCUUCAAGUAAAGCAUCUAAUUCUAGGCAAGAUAGUCAUUGAGUGGAAUUUAUAGGGUUGGCAUGGGUCCCAUUAGCUGUUUGAUGUUGAAGUUACCAGUGGUAGACACUGGUGGAGGUGUCAUUUGUGCUUCAGAAGAUACUUGCUGCUGAACUGGGCUACUGUAUACAGUGUAGAAUGUUUAUCUCUUCUGUGCAUCUCUUUUUAAAAAACAUAGAAACUAGGCACUUUGCUGACUUUCUUUUCUAAACUAUCAAAACUAUAGUCAUUUGAAAAGCCUAAUAUUUAUUUGUAUGUCAAUAUUUUCCAAUUGAUUCCCUAUGUAGAAUUAAUUUUAAAACUUGAAAACUUCCAGACUUAACCAACUUAUAAAUAACAUAUUUCUUCAGACUAGCCUCUUAAAACACUGACCUCUAUGAGGUAUUUACUGUGCAAUAACUGAUUCAUUUUUUGAGAGCUUGAAACAACCAAUGAUUUUCCCUCCACUGCUGUUAAUUAGUGUCACUUCCAAGAAGAAAAAUUAUUCUGUUGUAAAAAUUGCUCUUAAUUCUUGAGGAGGUUACUAAUAGCAGUAGGAUAGAAUUAUAUGUUAUACCUACAACUACUUAAUGUUCUUACACUGUAAGCAUUGUUACUUUACCCAAGACAAAUGUAAUUUUAUUAUAGCUCUGUAGGGUUUUUUUUGGAGGGGGGGAACAUGCCUUAUGUUAAACACUAUGUACUUUUCUUCAUUGUCCAGACUUCUUUAUUAUAAGGGGAUGUUUCUUCUUUAAAAAGACUAAAUAGUAGUAUAUUGCCAAAUAAUGGAGCCUGUGACUUGAAUGGAUAGAAAUGAAUAAGCUGGUUUUGUUUUUGCAAAAUGGAAGUAAUUUAGAUUUGUUUUUCUCAUAAUAAAUAGUUUUAAUUCAGUUUUAACCAGUGAGAACUGUUUGUUUCAUGGUGGGGUGGGGGCGGGAGUGUUUUCCUAUUUGGUUUUAUAUCUGUUAAAUAAAUGUGUAAAGUAAUAACCAAAUGUUAUUAGCAUUAUUCUUUAGCAUUUAUAAUUUUCAACUAUUAUAUUUCUUUGUGUGAAAUUUUAAUCAAAAGUGGUUGAGAUGUUAACAAUAUACUUUGAAAGAGUAUCUUAAUAGAUUUUUUAAAUGUUCGAAUUAUCACACAAAGGCCGAUUCCUAAAAAAAAAUUAAUAAAGUAUUUAUUUUGCCUAA